GUGACCCUGCGUGACCGCGCGUGACUCUUCGAGAGGAGAAGCUCGGGGGCGGGACUCUGGGACUCCAUUGGUAGAAAAGGAGACCCGAAAAGGUGGAACUCAGCUUGAAAAUGUCGAUAGUGAUUGGAGUUUAUAGGACGGGGGCGGAGCUACAUGGCCAGGACCCUGGCCAAUCAGCGUCUGGGAUCGGCCAGGAGACUGGGAAGGAGAAGGGGGCGAAAUGGUUCUGUGGUCACAUGCCGCGGGGUCUAGUGGGAGGAGCAGUUGUCCAGAGGACGCCUGGUGCUUCCUGUUUCCGGUUCUCGGAGUGGAGCACAACGAGGCGCCUUGGGGAAGCUUUGACACGAGUUCUGGGUCCGGGGUCUGCGGCUGGCCCCUCGCUGGCCCUGUCUCCCAGACCCAGACAGGUAUUCAGCCGGGGAUUCUGCGCCUUGGCUACUCCCUUUGCCCGUGACACGAUGUUCCCCUUCUACAGCUGCUGGAGGACUGGACUGCUCCUGCCACUGCUCCUAGCUGUGGUAGUAAGAGAAUCCUGGCAGACAGAAGAAAAAACCUGCGACCUGGUGGGAGAAAAAGGUCGAGAGUCCGAGAAAGAGUUGGCUCUACUGAAGAGGCUGCAACCGCUGUAUAACAAAAGCUUUGAGAGCACUGUGGGCCAGGGCCCAGACACAUACAUCUACAUGUUCAGGGUGUGCCGGGAAGCUGGCAACCGCACCUCUGGGGCAGGCCUGGUGCAGAUCAACAAAAGUAACGGGAAGGAGACAGUGGUAGGGAGACUCAACGAGACUCACAUCUUCAAUGGAAGUAAUUGGAUCAUGCUGAUCUAUAAAGGGGGUGACGAAUAUGACAGUCACUGUGGCAUGGAGCAGCGUCGUGCAGUGGUGAUGAUCUCCUGCAAUCGACACACGCUAGCGGGCAAUUUUAACCCUGUGUCUGAGGAGCGAGGCAAAGUUCAAGAUUGUUUCUACCUCUUUGAGAUGGAUAGCAGCCUGGCCUGUUCCCCAGAGAUCUCCCACCUCAGUGUGGGUUCUAUCUUACUAGUCACGUUUGCAUCACUGGUUGCGGUCUAUAUCAUCGGGGGGUUCCUGUACCAGCGACUGGUGGUGGGAGCCAAGGGAAUGGAGCAGUUUCCCCACUUAGCCUUCUGGCAAGAUCUUGGCAACCUGGUAGCAGAUGGUUGUGACUUUGUGUGCCGUUCUAAACCCCGAAAUGUGCCUGCUGCAUAUCGUGGUGUGGGGGAUGAUCAGCUGGGGGAGGAGUCAGAAGAAAGGGAUGAUCAUUUAUUACCAAUGUGAUUGCACUUUAAAUACCCAGCUGCUUCUCGUCCCCCAAACCAAAGCAUACUCAGCCAGAUUUCUUAAGCAGUCUCCACUCCAGUUCUCUCAUCCCACCCUUAACAUUGCUCUUGCUUUCCAGUUUGCUUUUGAUUUGUAUUCUCUUCUCACUAGUAGAAAUGCCUUCCCUUUGUUCCCUGUUAUGUUUUUCCUCUAGAGUACAGUUGUAGGAGAGAGAAAAUAGGGCCUGUGCAGAAGAGGCUAUCACACGAUCUCUUGAUAUCAGAAGGUACAAGUAGGAUAGUUACAUUGAGCAAAAACAGUGUGGCAGGCUCCUUUUUUUUUAAACACCUUUUCACAAGUUUUUGAGACACUGGAUUUCUUUAAAAAAAAGGGCAAAGAAACAUUAUUUAUACAAGGUUUGAUUGCUUUUAUGCUGUUACUCUGUACCCUGCAGUAGUUUCCAUGAGAAUCUGGAUGUAAUUUUUUGCUGCUUGGAACUACUCUGUGGUGAUUACUUGGUUGCAUUCCAAGUAUUGCCAUUUGGUCUGAGCCUGGAGAUAUUGCAGACUUGCUUCUCCCACCUCUGGGAUUAGGAUGGGGAAAAUGUUUUAAUUUCCCACUUAGAGGAUUAUAAAAUACCAUCACAUCAGUUGUUGGCAUUGGAGUGACCUUAUAGCCAGAACUGGGCCCUGGAUUGUGGGCUCGUGGUCAUUGGUCCAUAUGUGGCCAAAACGCCUUAUCCAGAAGUCUAGUCCAUUGGAAAGGGAAAGUGAAUUGGACCUCCUGUGCUACAGGGGUUCCAGAAAAGGAAGUCUGUUUACCUGUAGUGGGAUCUCCUCAAUGGCUUUCUUCUCCCAGUUGCAGUAAAAGCUGGCAAAGCUUUUCUUCUAAGCUGUUUCCCUCUACCCAUAUUUCUAAAUAUGUUGCACUUUCUUCACAGGCAUGUCGACUUCCCCCCUUUCCCCCCCUCAAUCUUUUGGAAAGGGAAUGAAAGCAGAGGUGGGACAUCUAGGGUUUUGCCAUCCUGUGCUCUGGGUGUGGAAUGCUGCUGUACCUGUCCCUUCUGGCUCAGGGAAGUAUCUUCUUGCCCACAACAGUUUCUGUGGGGAAAGGUUUUGAAUCCUCUGAUGCUUCCACUUUUUUGUUUAGACCAUGUGCCCAGAAGCCUGGCCCGAUCUUUCUGUAAUAGUGAACCUGGGCCAUUGAAGAGUAACAUGGCUCCACUGGACACAAGAGGAUGGAAUCAGUAGGCAGGGGCUUUUAAUAGCCUUUAGGGAAGAAAAUGAAAUUAUUUCAUCUUUGGACUUUUAAAUACUAUUGGAAUGAUUUUUUUUUCUUCUUUUCUAAACAGGGAAAAUAAUGUUAUAAAAACAUCUUUUUUGUUGUUUGCAUCCCUCCCCCACAGUUUUAAAAAUGCAAAAAAAAAACUACAUUUUUUGUAUAAAAACACGUAAAAGAUUAAAAAAA